AUGACCUCCUCAGCACCAGUGCUCGUUCACUUUGAUGGUCCUAUUGCGACCAUCACUCUGGACCGACCAGAGAAACUGAACACAUUAAACUCUCCAGCUUACGAUGCGCUUGCAGAUGCCCUCGUCGCUGCCAAUGAGCACGCCGAUACUGUCGUUACUCUAUUGCAAGCACACGGAAGGUAUUUUAGCGCCGGAACAUGGGUAGACGGUAGCAGCGAAGCGAAAAAGAAUCAACAGCAGGGAACAAAGAGUUUUCGUCGACAGCAGGUUGCGCUAAACUCGCAAGUGACGGACAUCUCUCGCCUUCUGUACGUGCACAGGAAGAUUCUUGUAGCCGUGCUUAAUGGACCUGUCAUGGGCGUUGUUGCUGGAUUUCUUGGGCAUUUCGAUUUUAUUUAUUCAGCUCCAGGUGCAUGGUUGGCCGUACCGUUUACGGCCCUUGGGCUUGUGCCAGAAGUAGGUACGAGUGUCACAUUCCCGCGCCGAAUGGGUUUUGCAAAGGCAACAGAAGCCCUAGUGUGGGGUAAGAAGCAAUCCGCUGAAGACUUACUCGCAGUUGGAUUCGUCAAUAAAAUCUUCCCUCCCUCAGCUGGGCUCCCCAAGUCCGCCACUUUAGCAGAGAGAACGCUUGAUCUCCAUCGGCAGGUCCGUGAAUACCUUCUGGACCUCCUCGAUCCACUCGAUCCACGGGGCGUAGUGGAGACGAAGCAGCUCAUCAAGGACGCUACCAAUGAGCAGAACAACCCAGAUGCCGCUAAUCUCAGGGAGAGUAGCAAGACUGCAGAGCUGUUUGUAAUGGGAGUACCUCCCAAGAGGUUCGCAGAGUUCGCUAGGAGGGAGAGGAGGCACCGUUUAUGA